AUGGCUCCAAAACGUGCUGAGAAGUUGGUGGUGAGAUCCACCAAGAAAGUGGUGGAAUCAAGUGUGCAAGUUUCGGUUGUAGGCACCAACAGAAAAAGACAAACCCGUGGAAGCAAAGAUAAUAUUCAAACAGAAGAAGCAGUAGGUGGCCAAGAGAAUGUGAUAGUCAUUCCUAUCCAAGAAGUGAACCCUGAAGCCCAAAAGAAUUCGUCUACCUCUGUCAUCACUAAUGAAAACAAAGGUGAGCAAGACAACACUACUCAAGAUGGUGGAGUCCAAAAUCAAGAGAAAGAGAACAAGGGAGAGAUUGAAGAAGUCGAGAAGAAGAAGGCCAAGACCCCAAAAGGGCAUAAUGGUAAAGAGAAAAAGAGAGGGAGGAGAAGUGCAGAAGGUUAUCAGAGGUAUGUGUAUAGGGUGUUGAAGCAGGUGCACCCUGAAAUGGGAAUCUCUUCCAAAUGCAUGAUUAUUCUGAACAACUUGAUGAAUGACAUGUUUGAGAGGCUGGCUGGUGAGGCUGCUAAGCUGAAGGACUACACUGGACACAUGACAUUGUCUUCAAGGGAGAUUCAAGGAGCAGUGAAGCUGGUUUUGCCAGGAGAGCUUGGGAAGCAUGCCAUUGCUGAAGGGGUCAAGGCUGUGAAUACCUUCACCUCCUAUGACACCUGA